CGUAUGACCGCACAGUUGCGGAUUAUUAGAUGGCCUGUAGAGGAUGCACGGGAAAAGUAUUUGUUUUAUAAAGAAUUGGUGAACGUCGAAAGUGCAAACGCACGUGUUGAUGAUGUUUCUUAUUCGGAUGUUGUCGCAACUCUAUUCAAUAAUCUUUAUCGUCAGCUGUACGUAUUUCGUAAGAAUCAUAUAACUGAGAUGAAUGAAUGUGUGACAUUCCACGUUAAUAUUUCGUCAGCAAACGCAACAAAUGAUCAAUUGAAUUUCAUACAAAUCGGUAAAUUCAACAUCCAUCAAAACAACAAUCAACGAACGUUGUGGACACAAGAUCCAUACACCUUAAAGAUGUUUUACGCACAAGAAGAGACGAUUGAUAGUGAGCUGAUGGAAAUUUAUUCGUUCGAUUUUGAAGAUUUGAUGAGUAUUUUGAUUGACGGCGCAAAUGGGAAACUCGAACGAGUGGUUAUCGGAAUGCGACAUUAUUUAAGUGUAUCGAUGAAUGUCGCAAUUUCAUAUUCCGCUCAAUACGGCAAAAUUAAACAAUACGUUCAUCGAUUGAAUGAAACGUCCAAAGUGAUUUUGUGUGAGCAGAGCGCACAUCGAUCACGGCUUGAUCCAGCUGUUCAGUUGAUGGUUUUAUUUGAUGAAGAUUAUUGUAAAGUUCGAGAUGGGUCGAGUUCAGUGCAGAAUUGUAAUGAACACGAGAAUGAACUUGUUGUUGAAGGAAGUGGAGAGAACAUCAAAAUGAAUGCAACAAAGGACGACGAUAGUGGGAUCGACGAGAGUGACAAAUUGGUAAUAUCUAAAUCCGAUGAGUUAUUUGAUCAGUAA